AUGAAGAUCGAGAUCGAACACAUCGACGGCGGAGUGCCCUCGACCAAGACACCCCUACCACACCCAGCGGCGGCGACGAUGGACAAGAAGCUCACGACGAGGGCCAACACACGUUCUAUCCCUGAGAUGCUGGACAUAAUCACACCCAACCCGUCGUGCUCGAUAGGGCAUUUCGACGACAGCGAGGCUAGCGAGAGCAUCGAUGGUACUGGAGGACGUUGGACCGAGAUCGGUGUGGAAGAUGGUGGGCCAACACGAAGAUGGGCGGAGAACGUCCGCAUAAAGGAUCCGUACAAUGUGUUGGACCAUGAGAGCGAUGAUGCCGGGUUUAGGCGGGUUUCGCCCUUGCGAAGGGGCUCGUCAGAGGGCUUAACCGCUGCCCUAACCCGACGUUGA